UCUAAUCAAAGCAUAUGCCCAUGGCAUAUGGUAUCAGGACUACGACACCAUUGACAAUAGUGUACAGCAGCAUAUACAGCUGUUGCAGCAACAACGGCAACGUUUUUAUGCCAACGACAUACGAAUGACAAUGUUCUCCAAUAAUGCCAAUGCCACCAAUGGCAAUGUGUUGUGCCCGCUUAGCGAUGAGCCGAUGAAGAGUCGGAAACAUCAUGCAAGACAGCAGCAACAAUGUGAACAGCAGUCGCUGGCACAUGGUGCAAAGAAAAGUUUAAAGGAUAACAUCAACAGCACUAGCAAUGGCCCCAACAGCAGGAGCAUACAGAAUAAGGGUCAAGCCAAUAACUGUGAUAUUGUUGUUGUAGACAUAGAAACUGAAGAAGAUAUCUAUGAGGAGUACUCGGCAAGGCAGGAUCAUCCUACAGUUCGAGUAAUGGCUUUGCACAAAGAUGACACAAAUGCAUUGACAUUCAUGGGUAAUGUUGGACAAGAAACUAUUUUCGUUGAUGACAGCAGCAACAACCACAACAACAAACACCAAAAAACUUUCGCCCACAUUGUAGCCACUGACAUUGAUAAUAUUGUCAAAGAUGCCAGAGGUGGUGGUGGUCACAACAACAACAACAACAACAACCAUGACAACCUUAUUAUCAUCGAUGAUAACGAUGACGAUGAUGAUUCGCUGGCCUCAAUGGAAACGCUAUCGGAUAAUGUCUCAAUUUGGAUUGAUGGUGAAAAGCAUUGGAUUGCCGGUGUUGAUGCACAAACGACAUGUGCCGAUCUAAUCAUGGCCCUGCUCCAUUAUCAAAAUGGUCAGGACGAAAAGAUGGUGAAUGCUAAUGUCUCUGCAGGCACUGGCAUAGUGAGCAAUCAACUCAUAGAGCAACAACCAAAGGACAAUGAAAAGGGCAAUACAUUCGCUGGCAGCUCUGAAAUAAGUGCUGCUCAAAGUUCCCCCCGAUGUCAAACCGACAACACUGCCACCUCCACCAGCACCAGCACCGCAACAACAAAAACCUUCUCCUCCUCCACCUGUACCACCAACUACUCUACGGGCAAUUUCAAUCAAUCAAUGCCAAAUAAUACCAAAGAAGAAAUUCCUAAAGUAACACAAAACUCAUCAAGACUUACAGCGACAAUGACGACGACGACGACAACGACAACGACAAUGGCUAAGCCAGGAAGCGGAAGUGAUGCUACAAUGCUGGCUGCAUGCAUAAACUCAACAACUUCAAGUUUACCAUAUCCGCCCGCAAUAGCCACUGCCGCACAGUUGGCCACAGAGUAUGUCAUUGUUAAACAAUAUCAUCAUUGUGAGGAGUACCUGGAUGGUAGUACAAAAGUUUUCGAUGUGUUGCCGCCACGCAAUAGUCCCCAAAAAAAGGAGUGUGAAUUGUUGUUACGGCGUUUGGGACCAGCGCCCAUAUCCUAUGCCUAUGCCCAUCACCAACACCAGCAGCAUACAGCUACGCCCCAACUGUCUUCAUUAAUCUCCACGGAUAAGGACAGCGGCAUGGGCAGCCCUGUGGGCAGUGCGAGGAGUGCGAAAUUCCGUCGCCGCAAACAUAAAUCAUCGCAGUGGUUGGCCCAGGCCAAUACACUACACCCGAAAUUGUCCCGCUGCACGGCCACGGCCAAUGAACGUCUGCUCAAAAUUAUAUUGGCCCAAGACGAGACAAUACAACGGCAAUUGUCUCUGCUACGUGAAAAAGAGCGCCAAAUUAACAAGAUUGAGGAGGAGAAACAUCGUAAACGCGAACGUGAGCUGGGUAAAAACUAUCUGCUAGAAACCUACUUAAAUGGUCUCGACGAGGCGGAAUUUGAGCUGGAGCACCAGCACCAGCACCAACACCAACAGGAAGGUGAAGAAAUAUUCAUAGAUGAACCAUACGAGCCCCAAGUCACUGGAAGAGGGACUAUGCCAUCAACUACGACUACUUGUGCUGCGACCUACUGCAGUACAGCCCCUACGCAUAUAGUGGCAACUCACAAGGAUACCUUAGGCAUGGAUAUACUGGACAAUUUCAGGCCCAGGGACAAAGAUCGAGACAACAAAAAAGACACCAAGAAAAAGAAACGUCAACACAAGGAUAAGCUCAUCGAAGAAGAUGAAAAACAUCAAAGACCCACAAAGGAGAAGGAGGAGCGCCUGCUGAAACAAUUGUACGAAGGCAGCGUUGCAACUCAUAUUCCUGGAAGUGUGGACAAUGAAAACUCCAAAGAUUCCCAUGCGGAGGCACAAAUCAAGGCGGAUGUGGAAAUGCAAAUUUUUUGGUUGGAAAAAAUUUACACCAUCAACAAACAUUUGCACAAGGAGGAGGAGCAGGCGGCCAAACUGCAGGCAAAGAUACGCAAGCACCAGCUAAGGAAGGCUAAUCAAACACAAAAGGAGGUGCAAUUGGAAAUGGAUAAAUUGGACAAUAGCUUAGCGCUGCAGUGCGGCAAUAUACGUAGGGUUGAGGCCAAUCUCAUGGAAACCAAUGACCAGCUGCAAAAGAAACUCUUGAUUUUGGAACGCUUGAGUCUGGAAUACUUGAGGCAACAAGAAAUCGAACAUGCCGAUGAACAGCAACAGAACAUGGCCAAUGAGAUUUGUACCACUGCUGGGGGUGGUGGGGGGCGAGAGCAGAAGGAACUGAAUAAAAUAUCCUUGAGCAAUAUCAAAUCAGUGGAGGAAGUCAAGCAAUUGCAAAAACUGAUAGCCAAACCGGGAUUUGAGUUGGUCGCCACACAAAUGAGGAACCUAAAGGAGCAGGAGGAACUCAAAGAGGCGCACAAGCUGAGUGGUGGCCCAGAACUUUCUUCGCAUCAAAUGAGUGUGGCAGUUUUGUUGCAUCAACAACCACAAAACCAUGAAAGGCCAUGUGAUGAUGUUGCCAACAGUGAAGGACAAUUAAUUUCUGCAUCCAUUGAUAAGCCCAAAAAAGAAGAAGCUAUGAAAACGAAACACCAAACAAGAUUAUCAAGCAGGCCAACCACACCAAUUGCCUCACUAUCCACAUCGACAGAAACUGCCGCAGCAGCAGCAGCAGCGCCUUCGGUAACAUCAGCAUCAACAUCAGCAGCAUCAUCAUCGUUGUUAACAACAUUACCUACAACAAGCUUGUCAAAAUCGCCCCCCAACGACUGUGUUGUUUUAGAUAAAAACAUGCUGUCAUCAUUGCAUGUGCAGAAUGUCAAAACCAUUAAAAAACAAAUGUUUCAUGCACAUAGAACAACAAUAACAACAUCAGAAACAGAUGCAGAUGCAGCAGCAGCAGCAAUAACAUCAUCCAGGUCUACCCCCACUCUUACUUCCACCUCAUUAGCAUUGGAAUUAAGAACAGCACCUACGCCCGCUCUUGGUAGAGUUGCCUCACCAGCUGCUGCACCAAAUGCAAAUUCCCCACAGCCCAUUGAAAUUAUCACCUCCCUUGGUCGCAGACAACAACAGCAAUGCCAGACAUUUAAUCAGCAGCCUGUACAACUACCGCUGCAUUUUCAAACCUCAGUUCCAUUUCAUGCCAACACUUUAACCUGGCUGCCAAAUUCACACCCAGCCUCUGUGAAUAUGGCUGGAGAUCUGCCUUCUGCUGCUGCAUCAUCAUCAUCAUCAUUAGCACCUAUACAGGCUACAAUGGCUAUGGCAUUACCAAUCUCAUCAGCAGGAGCAACAUCAUCACCAGCCUCCCUGGUAGCAAUGAAUACGGUCGAUAUUAGUCAGCUGGGUACUCUGGUGUAAAUGGCUAUACAAUGUCAAGCCAUUGAGACUUUUGUUGGAUGCGAUGCACUAUGGCACUGCAUGUGAAUUUUUUUUUUUUUUUGGUUUCAAAUUUAAUCUAAGAAUAUAUCAGAUGAUGGAUAGAUAUGUUGGCAAUGCACUGCGAAGGCUUACAAAGACAAAUGGUGUAACUUAUUUUCCUUCAUAUAAAGGAUUUUUAAUUUUGUUAUACCCUCCACCAUAGGAUAGGGGUAUACUAAUUUAGUCACUCCAUUUGCAACACCUCGAAAUAUGCGUCUAAGACUAUACCCCCAUCCUAUGGUGGAGGGAACAAAAAAUAGAUGGCAACACACACCAACUGCUAUGGAACGCGUUUCGUCUUUGGUUAGAAGAUUUUUCAACCAUAUUAGGUGUGAUGGCUUCAAGGGCCGUGCGUUGGUAUGUUAUAUUUAAAUCGUAUUAAUAGCGAAAACGCAUCUAUGAUACAAUUACCACAUUAACCACACUCGACAACCCUGUCUAUUAGAUGUAAUUUUCCUAAUGCAUGUAUUUUUGUGUAAUGACAGACAUUAUUUCUGUGACAAAUUCUUUCUUAUCCGAUUUGGCCGACAUUUUGCAUGAAGUGUUUUAUUUUGACUUCCACCAACUGUGUCAUAU